AUGCAGGGCUACUAUCAGAAAAAAAAAGAACAAUGGAAAGGCAAGGCUAAAGAAGAGAAAGGGGGCCUCAACACACCGAAAAAUAGGCGAAUAACCAGACGAAGCAAAAGCGAACAAUCGGAAACAGAUUUGUCUCUCGAUAUCAAGUUCAAAUUGAGCAAUGGCGUUACUAUCACUGGUCUGGGAUUUGGUACUGUUGCCAACGAGUGUACCAAAGGCGAGAGUUACGCAGCUGCGUUGCACACUCUAGGAACUGGACACAGACAUCUAGACUGCUAUCUAUGGCUUCUUAAGAGAAAAAUCAACAAUGUCAAAGGACCUGAUAUCUGGGUGACCACAAAAGUCUGGAACCACCUAUACGAUAAGGAUGGAGUACAAUGGUCGUUGAAUGACUCGCUCAAGAAGCUGAACUUAGACUAUGUUGGCCUCUUCUUGAUCCAUUGGCCAAUCUCUUGUGAAAAGGCCUAUUCUGAAUACCCCUUCGCUCUCAAAACCAAGUGCCAACGACUGGUGAGAAGGUGGUUGAGGACCCGACGCUCAAGGUCAUUGCAAAAGAAUGUGGUCACACUGCUAGUCCAGGUGUUGCCCAAGUCUGCGAACCCGGGUCGUAUUGAGAGUAACCUCGAGGAAAUUAAAUUGACGGAUGAACAGCAAAAGGAAGGCAUGCGCGGUUUGUGUGAACAUGAAGGACACCUUUGGGUAUGA